AUGCCUUCACCGGUUCAAACACUAUUAAGAAAUAUCGAUAUAUCAUACUAUUAUACUACAGAUUCUACUUUACUGUCAAUAAAUGGAAAAGGAGGAGAAAGGAGGGAGAAUGAUAGAAAUAUAAGUAAUUCAUUAGAAAUGUUAAUAAUAGAGUUUAGGAAAGCAAUUCAAGAAGGAGAUGUGGAUAAACUUAUAUUGAAUUAUCACGCAUUAAAAGAACGAGAAAGAGAACAAGGAAAACCUCAAUAUCAGCAAAAUUAUUUGACAAAGUCGCAUUACCAAGCGGCAAUAAAUCUUUUACUUCGUUCCAUAAAUAAUUUCUCACGAGAAGCGACUUUACCAUUAACACCACCAUCAAAGUCAUCAACCAUGGUUUCAAUAAUGCAUUCAUUAUUCAACGAUAUGAAAGGAUUGGGGUAUAAACCAGACACAUCAAUAUAUAAUAUAUUGAUCUAUAUAAGCGCACGUAAUGGAGAUACAAAAGAAUCAAGGAGGAUUUAUGAAACGAUGUUAAAAAAUAAAGUAAAAUGUACACAAUAUACAUUUAAUUCAUUAAUAUCAUCAUAUCAACGAUCAUUGGAUAUUAAAGGUGCAUUGAAUGUAUUAGAAGAAAUGAAAUUGUAUGGAAUCCAACCUAAUACCAUCACCUAUAAUUCUUUAAUUGAUUUAUACGUUAAAUUAGGGGAUAUUAAACAAGCCGAACUUCUCUAUCAAGAAAUGAAGUUUACAUUUGGAAUGAUAAUCGAUAGGUUUACUUUUGAUUGUUUAUUAAACGGCUAUUUAACUUAUGGAUUUAUUGAUAAAGCAAGAGAUUUAUUUAAAGAUAUUACGAAUAGUGGGAUAGAAUUAGAUAUUUGCCUUUACACGAAAUUAUUAAAGAUUUAUUGUUAUGAAGAUGGAAAUUCUCAAAAAAUGUUAAGCCUAUAUGAUACAACUGAAGUUCUUCAACGACAACGAAAACAAAAAGAAAAUAAUAUCGAAUUUAAUCAUUUUAUAAGUACGUUACUUAAUUAUUUGAUUAAAGAGAAAGAGUAUUCUCAUACGUUAAGAAUAUGUGAGGAUUUAAUGAAAUAUGAUGAUACAGUUACCUUAGCCAUAAUUAUUCCAGCUUAUUAUCAUACUGGUGACAUGGCUCAUGCUUUUAAAUUAUUUAAAGAAAAGUUCAUUAUUAGUGCAAAAAAUCAAAAAUUAUUUUCUUCAUUAUUCUCAAAUUUAGGUAAAGACCAUUCAAAACAUUUUUUAAAUUAUUUCAUUUCUCACUCAAAAGAAUCAUCAUCCCCUUCAAGUGAAUCACUUCCAAUAAGUGAUCUGUACAAUUCAAUGAUAGCUCAUUUUUUAAAUCAAGAUGAUAUAGCCUAUGCAUUAGAAUUAUAUUCACAACUUUUGCAACAAGGUUUCUUUCUAAAUAUAAUAAAUAUAACAAUAUUAUGUAAAAAGUUAAUAUUACAAAAAAAAAUUAAUGAGGCGUUACAGAUUUAUUAUCAAUCAAGAGAUCGUGAUAUAAUAUUAGAUCAACGUGGCUACACAAUUUUAAUAGAUUCUUUUUCAAAAAUCAAUUAUAUGUCAGAAGCUCAAAGGAUGUUAGUUGAUAUGAAAAGAAAUGGCUUAGAGCCAAAUUCAUUUACAUAUUCUUCAUUAAUUAAAGGAUUUGGAGAAAUUUAUGAUAUACGAGGGGUAGAAACAAUUCAUAAAUUAAUUCGAAUGGACUUAAAUCUUGACCAAGUAGAUAUUAUAAUUUAUAAUUCAUUAAUGGAUGCUUAUAAUAGGUGCGGUUAUGGUUAUAAUGUUUUACAAUUAUGGGAUUCUUUAUUAUUACCUUCAAAAGAUAACGAUUUAUCAUUAAUUAAUAAUACUACUGUAUCUAUCGUAUUGGAUUCUUGUGGGUUUAAUAGACAAUUAUUUAGACUAAAUCAAAUUUGGUAUUAUCUAAAAGAAAAGAAGUUUAAUUUAAAUCAAAAUAAUUAUUCUUCCUAUAUUGAAGCGUUAGCUAGAAAUCAAAAUUUUAAUGAAGCAAAACAUGUUUUAAUGUUUGAAAUGAUUAAUGAUGGUAUUGUACCUAAUUUUAAACCUAUUAGAACUUUAUUAAAUUUCUUGCAUGAUCAUUCUAGAGGUAGAGAUCAAUUUGAAAUUAUUAAUUGGGUUAAAAUUAAUUUUCCUGAUUUAGCUGAAGAAUUAAAAUUUAGUUAA